AUGGUGGCAAAUCUCAUCCUAGGCCAUUUGCCUCGCCGUAAACCCUCCCCACGUGGAGCACAUUUGGUUGACGUGAGCCCGAUACGGUAUGGGGAGUUCCAGAAGAAUCAGGGCGAUCUCACUGUCAAUCCGAGAAGAAACACUGAAGCAGCAGAAACCGGAAACCCGUUGAUGGAUGAGCUGUUCGUUUGGGCAGAACCAGUUCCUUUCCUCGGGGAUCUGCCGAGUCCCCCGUUGCUUGGUCAUCUUUACCGUGAUUUGUCUGAUGCAAACUCAAUCGCUUCUGGUGUAUAUUCCUGUGCACUAGUGAAAGAAGGUUACGAACCUGACCCAGGGGAGCGCCAGGAUAGCGGACGGAUAUUACGAGAAGUUCUGUUGUCUGCAGCUAAAGCAGUAGCAUUGUCUUCUAGUUUUGAAGCAAACAAAUCUGGUCAAUCUCCUUCAAAUUUAGGAGCACCAUCGAUCAUAUCGCAUCUUGCGCAGCGCUGUGAUCGUCUUCUCCUGGCCAGACCGACUCCCGAACAGCUACCUUCGUUAUCCGCCGCCCUCCGUACAUCCUCCGCUUUUCUGCUCCAACACUCUGCCAUGACUCUACCGCCCGGUAUCACUCAGAAAGAUGUCGUCAAUGCAUUUGGUCCUUUCGUCACUGGUAUCAUGAUGCAACAACUUUUCCUAGGUGUUUUCUGCGUACAGGUGUAUGACUACUGGCGCAUAUUUCCGACAGAUACCACUUUCAACCGAGCCGUAGUCGCGUCAUUGACAAUCAUGACCCUUCUACAAGGAGUGAUGGACUAUAUCAACCUGUAUCGCAAUGCUGUUACGUAUUAUGGGGAUUUUCUGAUGUUCGAUUCACAGGACUGGUCCUUGUUCUGGGAGAUUGGUGUCACGGCAAUUCUUGGAUCCAUCGCCCAGGUUUUCUUUUUGGAGCGUGCCUACAGCGUAAGUUCUAGCCUUAACACCAUCGACCAGUCUAAUGAAUCUCCGCCAACUACACAGGCCACUAAAAGCAAGAUUGUUCUCAUCGUCGUUGGCACGAUCAUCGCUGUUUCACUUGGGUUCGGCAUUGCCUCUUCGGUCGAAUUCCAGCGUAUCGUGCGCUUGAGUCUUGUCCCAAGUAUCCCGGUUCCAAUCAUUGGAUGGCUCACUCUGACUGCUGUCCUGGACGUCCUUAUCUCGGCCAUUCUCAUCUAUACCUUGCUGCGCGUUCGCACACCUUUCCGCAAGACGGAAGCUGUCAUUACUAAGAUCAUUCGUGUGACUAUGGAAACCAGUUCAGUCACUGCUUCUAUUGCAGUUAUCAACCUAGUUCUGUAUUUGGCUUUGCCUGGCCAGGCCUAUCACUUGCUUCCUCAAUUAAUCAUGGGCAAGAUGUACGCCAUCUCCGUCAUGGUUACUCUCAGUUCUCGUAAGGACCUUCAAGAAAUCAUGUCUUCCCCGCCAACUACAAGCUACUAUGAGUCGACCCGUGGACGUGCUGCUGGACCGACACCACAAAACGGUGUUGUUGUUACCACGAGCUAUCAACAGAACGUUGAUGACAGCAAAGGUCGUCCUCAUGAUAUAGAAUUGGGCACACGCACGAUUGAUACUGUUCGAUUCGCACGUACGCAAGAAGAGACCAUCAUCGAUGACGACGAAAGCGUCGAUGCAGCUAAGCGGUCGCACCAUCCCUUUGCGCCGUGA